AUGAGCGCACUCAUGAGCACUCCCUUGAGCGAGCUGCGUGCUAUCGCACACGCUCUUUGCGAGAACGACAACAUCAAGAAGCGAGUCGUCAACGACCUUCGAGCAUCCCGCAGAUCCACCUCCGAUAGAAAUAACCUCGAGGCUGGUAACCACAUUGCCCUCAUCCAGCAGGCGACUGGUCAAGAGCUGUACACUAUCGUGAUCGACCUCUGCAAGAAUGAGGACACAAAGAAGCAGGUCGACAACUACUCACAGGUCUUGCGCUAUGUCAAGCCCGACGAAGUCGCCCCCGAAGCGGCUGAUCCCCUCACCCCCAUCAAGAAGGCGACGCGGAAGGAACUACAGACCGUCUUGGUUGUCCUCUGCGAGGACGAAAACGCCAAGAAGCGGAUUGUCCACAUCUUAAGAGUUCUGCGCCAGUCCAAGCCUCACGGAGCUGGCCUCAUGGGGACCGACCAAGCGGCGCUCAUUAACUCGGCGACAGAGAUGGAGCUACGCGCAAUCGGUCUCGCCAUCUGCGACGGAGAUGAAGACAUGAGAAAGCGUAUGUUGGAGUCAUUGCUUGUUCUUGUCACCUUGGACAAGCUUCAAGUCAGCAAGGCUGCGCGCACCCUCUUCAAGUGCUUGAGGUGCAAGAAGUCUUUUUACGACGAUGAGAACAAGGAACGGUCCUGCAGGUACCACCCUGGACGACUAGAGAUGCGUAGGCUUCCCAUCUCGGGUAUGGAAGUUCUCAGCUGGACCUGCUGCGAUGAUGCCAAAAUCGACCCCGGAUGCAAGUUCAAGAAGCAUCAGCACGAAUAG